UUCAGUACAACGUGAUAUAAGACCCCUUACCCCACCUACGCUCCAGCUGCUGAUUGGCGUUACGCAGGUAUCCAGCGAUUAUUUAUUACCCCAAAGCGUGGACGCCUCAUUUAUCCAGACUGGAUCUCGCUGCAGGAUCUAUCCGUUUCCAUUCCGCUCUGCACUCGGGCGCACGCAGCUGACUCCUUUACCAAAUUAUCUGCUCGACAGAAAACAGACGGUGCUGAGAAAAUGAGAAGAGGUUUUCUCCUGGUGACUUUGUUCCUCAUCAUGAAACUUCGCUGCAGCCAGUCAAGAUGCGAGGAGCCCGGAGCGCGCAGAUCAGCUUCAGACCAGACCGUGGGCAUGGACAUCGCCAAGCGGAACAUUCUGAAGAGGUACAGCGACUUGGAUUAUGACAGCUUUGUGGGUCUGAUGGGCAGAAGAAAUGCCGACGACAACGCUGUACAAUCGCCACAAAAAAGGGAAAUGCAUGAUUUUGUGGGUCUCAUGGGAAGAAGAAACUCAGAGUCUGAUAAUGGCCCCUGGAGGAGAGAGUAUCCAGACAGGAGAGGCAUCUUUUUCAAUAAGUGCAGACUGAGGUUACUUCAGGGGCUGUAGACAUUCAUACGGAAGCAACUGUCAUGUUGCUACAGUAACAGAAGAUCACAACCAACUAAAUGUCUGAUGGAAAUGACUAAACAGACUUGAUUCACACUGUACACGU